AUGCUCAGGAUGACACAGACGAGUACAGUAUUGAGCAUUUUCAUCUUGUUUCUUCACACCACUUUUGGGGAAAGUGGUUGCACAUCAGCAGAUGGUGAUGGGACUUUUGGAGAUGACGAACCAGACAAUUUUGACAUCGACUGCUUCAGCCAGCUGGAAUUUAGGGAUUCCUAUAGCAGCCUGACCUGCAAUUUUACCGAGCCGCCUCCUCACAACACUAACUAUACCCUGGCCCUGUGUACCAAGGAAGACAGCAAUUACGUGUGCUUCAAUAUGGAGAAACAGGAAGAUGCAUAUUUCUUACAAUUCACUGAUAUACUCUCGAAUAAAGACAUUUGCAUGGACUCUGAGAUGAAGAAAAGGGUCUGCAGGAGUCUGGUUGUAACUGACAUUGUUAAGCCUGAAGUACCAUUUGAUAUAAACAUCACAUACCAAAAGGAGGCAAAUGAGUAUCUUAUUCAUUACAGUACACCACACUCAUGGAAGAAAUACUUAAAGGACAAAUUAAUACACCAAAUAGCCUAUCGGCAGGAAGAAGGUACUUGGAAAACAAUAGAGUCGCCAUACCUUCAGGUAAAAUUACUGGGGAAAAACCUUGAAAAUGAUGCAUCGUAUGAGGUGAAAGUACGUUCGCAGCCCAACGGAGAUUAUUUUAAGGGCAUGUGGAGCGAAUGGAGCACUUCCAAGAGCUUCAGGACCACAAGGGAGCAGCACUCCACAGAGAGCUCUAGCAGCGUGGUCGUGGUUAUAUUCUCCAUCCUGGGAUUCAUGUUGUCUAUUGUCAUGAUUGUCCUGAUCGUAACUUUUUGGGAAAACAGGAUCAAGCCUGCUGUGUGGCCAAACCUUCCUGAUCAUAAAAAAACGCUGGAACAACUAUGCAAGAAGCCAAAAAAUAAUUUUGAUAUAAGCUUCAACCCAGAGAGUUUUGGUUACGUUCAUAUCCAUAAAGUGGAUGGCAUUCGAGCAAAAGCUGAACUGGAAAAUUUUCUGCAGCCGUCAACUGCUCCAGAGACAAACAUUCCAGAAAAAUUUAGGAGUGGAUCAGAUCAGAAGAUGAUCCCUGCGAUGACAGACAAAAGCAAGCUAAACCUUCCUGUGACUUACGGAGGAAUCUGGCCAGCUGAAGCCCUGCACAGACUCCUGGGCACCAGCCAGCUUGCAGUCACCGAAGGAAACUGCAGCUCCAGCACCUACGAGGUGUGCCACAGCAAUGGGGUGCCCCUGUGCGAUGACGCUUUCAACCUUUCUUCUGCUCCUCCCCCGGAUCCCUCUCACCAGCCCAGACCAGAGCCCCUAAAUGGUGACACUGCAUCCCAGAUGCUGCCUACCAGUGAAAUGAGGUCACCGAACAACGAAGAAGCCUAUGUCACAAUGUCUAGCUUCUACAAAAUUCAGUAA